ACUCAGGACCUGUACGACUCCAUCAUGUCGCUCAGGCUGCUGCCUGCUAUCACGAUGGACAAUGACGAGGAUGACGAUGGUAACUUUACAAAGUGGAUGAGUAGUUAUUGGGGUCAUGGAGCAGAAGCUAGGAAUGCCAGAGAUAGAAAACGCAGCUUUCGAAGACCAUCGAGAAUGCACAGUGAUCGAAGAGCAUCACUGCCAUCCGCGUCACAGUUAGAUGCAAUGAAGUUAAACAGACUCCAUGCAGCAACAAUGGCUCCUGCACCCAUCCACACCAAAUCAAGAGAGGAGAAGGGGGAAGUCAGGCCGCACCAGAGAGCGCGCCGAGGAUCUUCAGACGACAGCAGCUGCUCCAAGUCAGCCAUCCCAGAGAACCGCAUCAGCACCAUCCCAGAGCUCGCAGAGUUCUUCGAGAAGAGACUCUGUCUUUGUGAUAAGAGGCCCGUAUCUCUGAAUGAUUAUAAACUGUGUCUGAUCUGCCACGAGAACCUGCGUAAGAAUGGAGCUGGAGUUGAAGAGCUGCACUGUACACAUUGCUUCCACAAAGAGGUGGCGCGGAGGUUAGAGCAGGGUCGGCCCCGCAGCAACAGUGAAGCGGAAGCCUGUCCGGUGCGGAGACUCUUAGCUGAGAGGAGGAAGUCGGCAGAUGGACCAAUCUGCAGGGAGAAAGACCAGAACACACCCCACCCUCAACUUUCCCUGAAGAAGCAACACUGA